GACCGGGCGGCCCCGCCUCCCCAGCCUCUACCUCCUCCCCCGACGCGGGAGUCGCGGUGCUCCGGGCCGGAGCCAGGUUGGAGGGACCCUUCCCAGGCUCUGUGGGGAAACCGUGCCGGAGCGGCCCCUAAGCCGGGCGGGCAAGCGAGUAGCGGAGCGAGCUAGCGACCCGGACGCCGGCGUUGAGUGCGCUUCCCCGCACGCUCCCAGGCCGCCCCGGGUCCUGGGCUCUCAGAAGGAGGAUCAGCACCCGGGGCCGAAGAGCGGGGGCGGACGGAGGCGUUGCUGUAGCUCAAUAUCGUCGCGGCGUCUGGAGCCUUAGAUUGGCGGCUGGGGUCGGGGACUGAGGCUCGGGCGCUGCCUUUCGUAGUGGAGAUCCGGUUUGCCUCCCGCCCCCGCUCAGGACCCUGAAGCGGGUGAGGCAGCCCCGGGAGCAUGAGCGGGCAGCGUGUGGACGUCAAGGUGGUGAUGCUGGGCAAGGAGUACGUGGGCAAGACAAGCCUGGUGGAGCGAUACGUGCACGAUCGCUUCCUGGUGGGGCCCUAUCAGAACACCAUUGGGGCCGCCUUCGUGGCCAAGGUGAUGUCCGUCGGAGACCGGACGGUGACUUUGGGUAUUUGGGACACAGCAGGCUCUGAGCGCUAUGAGGCCAUGAGCCGAAUCUACUAUCGGGGCGCCAAGGCUGCCAUCGUUUGCUAUGACCUGACGGACAGCAGCAGCUUUGAACGGGCAAAGUUCUGGGUGAAGGAACUGCGCAACCUAGAGGAGGGCUGUAAGAUCUACUUGUGUGGCACCAAGAGUGACCUGCUGGAGGAGGACAGGCGGCGCCGACGUGUGGACUUCCACGACGUCCAGGACUAUGCAGACAAUAUCAAAGCUCAGCUCUUUGAAACAUCCAGCAAGACAGGCCAGAGUGUGGAUGAGCUGUUCCAGAAAGUAGCAGAGGAUUACGUCAGUGUGGCCGCCUUCCAGGUGAUGACAGGGGAAGCUGCCAGGACCAGCCUUCCUUCCUGCCACUCUGUUCUCACGAGGCAACCUGGGAGUCCAGCUCCUGUGAGUAGACGCUACCAAGCCUGGAAAAGGAUCGCUGAUGCACUUCAUGCCCUGACUGUAGUGUGGGGUGGAGGAUGUAAAGAAUAGAAUAAUUAUUUUCAUCAAUGCUAAAGAUGUAGAUUUGGUAGUUGUUCAGAAGAGGAUCAACACAGUGAUUUAAAUCACUUCAAACUCAGUAACUUCAGGGGGAAGCAGACAUUUAAAAACUUGGAUGCUUUUGUAACAGUGACAACUAUUUUGCUAUUAGAAUGGGUUUGCUCCAGUAGAGAAGCAAAUGAGGCUUUGAAUUCAAAUUUCAACAGUUUCCAUAAUUUUUUCUGACUUAACAGGGCCAGGACAGGUAUUAGUUCUCUAACUACCUAUGGAAGCUAUGGCUUCCCCCUCAGAAAGGCUUCCUGGGGAACUGGCUUAAAGGCAGCCGCUCUAUUGAGAUCCUGAUUUACAAGCACUUGGCCAAAUGCCAAAAUAGCAUCCUACACAAAGAUCAGGAGUUUCUAAGAGUAAAGAUUUCCUUUUAACUGCCAAGUCACACCCCCUGGAGAAAAGGUCUCAGUAUAGGUUCCAGGAGAAUCCCCUAAGGAUGGCAAGGUCACCCCCCGCAAAGGGUCAUGCAAGAGUCUCACUUCCCAAAAGUCCUUCCGACUCUGCUUCUAAUUGUAUAGUGACUGCUUUCAUGAUGUUAACAAUCUAGUAUCAAAUGCUAUCAGUGGGCCUGAGAGUUGAACAUCUAAUUUCCAAUCAACCUAAGAGAGUCUUACAAUGGCCCUCAUGAAAGCCAGGCUGGCUGUCCAUCCAUUUAAAUAAACAGCUUCAGAAGUUGUUUCCUACGCAGGUCUGGAAGGAAGCUUUCCAGUGAAUGGGAGAAUGGAAAAAACAAACAAAACCACAAAGUGGCCCACCUUUCCCUCACUCCUUCCUGUCCUGUGAGACAUAUCUAGAGUGGCUGUCAAGUCAAUUACCUACCAAAGCCUACAUAAGAGAAGCUCCUUCAGGAUCAAACUUCUCCACUUAAAAAUUUUACAUAGCCUGCACACCCCACCCCCCAACAAAAUUCACAGUUUAUUUCAUGAAACAAAGAGCUACGGUAAUUUAACACACAACACAGUGGAAAGAGAUUCUGACAGCGCAGUGCGGGUAUCUUUUUCUGAUCACAACUACAGAUGACAGGAGAAAAAAAGGGCACAGGACUGGCACCAAGCAAAUCCUACUCAUACAACCUAAGAGAAUAGGGAAAGGGACCUACUAGCUGCAGUUAUAUACUUAUUAUUCUCACACAUGAUAAAUACUUAAUAUAAUGAACUUUAAUGUUCUGGGUGGAUUUCUUUAAAAAUAUCUUUUCCAUGGUUUAAAAUUUUUUUAAAAGAAAAUAAGAUGCUUUGUUUUCUCUUCCUCUAAAACAAAGAGCUUUUCCUCUCUGAUGAUGUGGGAAGAGAGACAGGAUGAAAGGGGAGAACUAGGCAGGUGGAAUUUACAGAGGAGAGUCCGAGGUCUAAGUGAGAUGCAAGAAUAGGCCGCUAAACUCAGGGCAGCCCUGCCCAGCCUCAUGCCUCUGCCUGAGUUCAAAUGUCUCAACCCCAGAGACAGACUUUGGGAAAUAAAAGCAAAUUCUUUUUUAAAUCUUUAUAUAAAGCGCAAAUGCUUCUAUAACAACAGUUGUUCCCUCCUUAGAAGUAUGGGAGUAACCUCAAUAGAAACUCAGGAGGAGGAAAUUGGGACAAAAUACAGAAUCCUGUUGAGGGUGUAAAAGCCAUAACUGAGACAGAAAUGGCCAGGAGACCUUGGGGCCAGGAGAUGGCCUGUUGGCUAAAGCUGCUGGCUAAGUUGGCAAAGCAGAGAGGUAAACAUGUUUGGUCUAGGGACAAAGAGGGGGUGGGUGAAUGGGAAGGAACUGGCCAAACAGCAAUUCCUGUUGGCAGUCAGUGAGCUGGGUGAAUGGUAGGGCAGGGUAGCACCAACAGAUUUCCCAGCCCUUGGGCCCCAGCUCAGGGCAGCAGUAACAGAUAAUCAGCAGUUAUGAGGAGUCAUUUCUUGGACUGGACAUUGCUCUAAACGCCACAUCUUGCCAGUCAUGGGGAAGGGUUCUGGCUUGCCUUUGAGCUAAGUCAGCAGGCAGGUGUUCUCAAUACAGAGCACAGCAUUUCUCAGGAAGAGGGUGGUAGAAUCCACUAGUGAAGAAGACUCCCUCCAUUCAGGUAGGAGGGCAAAGGAUCAGGAGAGAAGUAAUUUCUUGCCAGGAUCUGGCACUCUCCCUGAGCUGGUGGUGGAUCUAGCCCAGAGCUUGCCAGAGAUUCCCUAGGUCUACUGCCCGAGACUCUGAAAUCUGAAAGCACCUGAGUGUUUGGGGGACAGGCAUGGGGUGGGUUGAUGUAAAAGGAGGAAAAUCUGUAGAAAAGAAAGGUAAGCUUGCCAAUUGCCUUCUUACACUGAGGGAAAGCUGUGUCCUCACAGAGCCCAGCCCCCCAACCAACUGCUCCACCAAGGACAGAUCUUUAGACUCUCCAGAGCCCAGACAGAAGCAGCAGAGGCUGCCCAGCCAACAGGCCCUACCUGCCUAUAGAGGAGACCUCCGCAUGAGUGUACACGCAUGCACAUACACACAGGCACACCUGACCAGGAGACACUCAAAACAACCACUUCUGGGGCCACAAAGGGCAUGACAAAAUGAGCCCAGAGCCCCAAGGCCCCUCAAACUUCCUGUUAUUUCCUGGUCAAAGGUUCUUUAAAAAUAACCUGGGAACCCAGGCAAGCAUGUUAGGCUCACAGGGAUCAGGUCUUAUUUAUCUCUGUAUCUCCUGCCAGUGACUAGCACCAGGCCUAGCACACAUGAAUGUUCAAGAAAUCACCACCGAUUUGAAUGGGUAUCAGUUCCUCCCAAGGGUUCAUCAGGUACCCUCAGUGGGGCUUGGUAGGGCUAGAGAAAUAGCUUUGAGAGCCCCGCUACCUUCAACCUGACCAGUGGAAUCGAAUCCCAUGCUUGACUCCAGAGUGGACUUUUUAUUUCAAGUUCACCAUGAGUAACGGUUGGGGGAAAGAGACCCGAGUCUGUCUGUCUCCUUGGCUGGGGCCCACUUGGAUUUCCAUACAUGGUUCACACAACCACAAGCCCCCACUGGCUAAUGUCGCAAGAGUUCUGAAUGUUGGGAUAUAAGGAGAGAAUAUCAGUGGAAAAGUGUUGGGGUCUGUUUUUUAAGAGGGAAAAAUAAGAUUUUUCCCUUCCCCAAGAACCCUGGGGGCAGCUGGUCUGGUCAUGUGGCAUUUACUGGUAUUAUUUCUGUUCUGACUCUGCACACUUGUGACUGGAAGGAGCCUGGUUAAGAGCUGGAAGGGUAUUUUGCUCUGAUUUAGGGUCUUGCCCUCUUCCAAGAGACCAGCAAGUCUGUGCCAAUGUCUGUGUGUUCCCAGAGGACCAGCAAGACUGUGCCAGUGUCUGUCCAGCCACCAUGGGCCAGAGCCCUGGCCCUGGUGAGGCCUUGCCCAAGGCCCAGGGACUCUGCUCUGUGGUUGCCAACUUCUUCUCUUCAGUGGAGAGGGAGGAUGGGGCCUUCCCAAGAGGCCUGAAGGACUGCCCACUCUUGGCAGCAAGUCCAGGUAGUUGCUGGCCUCCGGCCAUCUGCUUCACCUGCUUCACCAGGCCUGGUGCUUGGCUGGGAGGCCCUGGGGUCUGCUCAGCCCCUGCAGGUGCUCUUCCUGAGGCCUGAGUUGCUGGCUCAUACAAAAAAGCCUUGGCAGGGGGCUGAGAAAGAAGUCUGGCCUGGGUGAGUGAUUUAACAGCUUGCCAGGAGUGCUCUGAAGGGGCCGCUGCUUUGCCCGGUGGCUGAAGGACAGGAUCUGACACAAUGCCUCUCUCAAUGGCUCGUGACAUCUGUCCCAGACCUUUGCUGGCAGGCCACGAGCUCGACUCCAACACUGGCAUCUUCUCAUCAACCUGUGGUGUGAUCUCAUGGGGAGAAGCUCCCCGUUCCUUCUGGCGAGGAGUUAGGUCUAUGAGAUCCAUCACCAAAGCAGCUCUAUUUUUUGACUGAGUAUUCUGGUCCACAGGCCUCAGUGCUUUUUCUUUAGCUACCAGGGUCUGGACCACAGCUGAUAGUACUUUGUCAGGAGGUGGGAGUCUCUGGGACAAAGAGGCAUGGGAUUUUUCAGAGGGCCUGUCUGAAGUCUGGGGUUUGGGACCGCUGGUGACUAGCAGUUUGUCUGGCUGCGGAAGUCUCAGGCCAGUAGGGACAGGGGUUUUCUCCAGUGACUGGGGCCUUGGGCUGGCAGCACCUAUGGAUUUAUCCAGCCUUGGGUCAGCUGUCCCCAGAGGUCUUUCCAGUGGUUGUGACCUGACUGAGGGUGAGGAGCUUGGGCCGGUCACUGGAGAGGGUUUGUCAGAUAGUUGGGGUCUUGGUCCUGCCAUUGCAGGUGGCCUGUCCAAUGGCUUCUGGCUGGAUACCAAAGAUUGGGGUUUGGUCCCUGACCCAGCAAGGUCCCUGACCCUAUCUACAGGCUGGGGCCUGGAGUCAGUUCUAUCAGGAGGCCUUUCAGGCAGCGGUGGCCUCUGACAAGUCCCUGCCAGAGCUUUUCUGGACAGCGACAGCGUCUGGUUGGUGUCAGCAGAUGGCUUGUCCGACAUCUUGGGCCCCUGAGCAGCUACUCCUGAUGAUUGCUCUGCCAGGUGAGUGCCUGGGCCUGGAGGCAGCGGUACUGUAGGAGGUACAUACUCACGGAUCUCCCCAGGUUCCAGAGGGUUGGGCCCACAGGGAUCAUGCUCAGUACAAGACAGACGCCCAUCCAGUUUGGAGAUGAAGAGCAUCCCUUCCCGAUGCUGCUUACAAAAGGAGCUGGGACACAUCUCACAGAAGGAGGCUGCUUCCUUUCCGCAGAUGUCACACUGAUGCCAAGGACACUCCCAUUUCCCUGAAAACACAGGUGUGAAACAAAGGCUUAGGAAAACAAGACAUGCAUAUGAGAUGGGUCAUGGCUCUGGAACUAAGUCAAAGGAGUGAUUUCAAACUGCUGCCUUCUGCAGAGAGCUCAUGCCACUUGCCCACCUCCCCUCCCCCAGGAUCUCAGCUUUACUUUCUGCAAAAUGCAUAAAAAUAACAGCCAACUAUCAAGUAGCAACUGAGCAUCAGUUAAAACCCAAGCAGGAGUAAAAAACAACAAAAAGAACCCAAGCAGGAGUAAACCCUGAUUUCUACAACUAUUUCCAACAAGGAGAAAAGCAACAAUAAAACAAAACCCAAAGCUCCCCUUAGAUGGAAUGUGAAGAUAUUACUUUCAUAUUUUUACAAACUCCAUUUGUCCUGUACAACCUUUAAAUAUUCAACCCUAUGGGGAAAAUCUCAGCCAAUUAAACUGCUUAUUUGGUUAUUACUAGGAACAGGGAGCAGAUACACAAAGGUGAAAAAUGGAAGCAGAUUUACCUUUGCUCAAUGUUAAGUCUGGAAACUAGCACAAACUUUACCUGUGUUGUCCACACAGAAUCAGCAGGAAAGACCCAAAGCCAACCCAAGCUGCUCUCUUUUACCCUCAUUUCAUGAUACCCGAAUCUCUGCCAUGGACAGUGUUCCAUCCCAGCUCCUUCCAAGUAAACUAUGCUAGAGCUCACUCCUGGCUCAUUGGCAAAAUCAGUUCUAUCACAACCUGUGCCAGCUACGGCCCUGAGUAAUUGCUUCUGAAACAAUUCCCCAUUUCCAUUUCCUGGCACUGAGGUCAGUGUUAUGGCCUUGCCCCUACACUACCUUAGUUUCUAUUAUUUCAUUACCCUGGCAACCACAUAUUGAAGGAAACCUAAUUUGGGGACAAACUCCUGUCAUUCCCACCCCUCUCUACGGGUUGCUGGGAGGAUAAAAUAACAUAAAAUGCUUGACAGAGUGAGUGAGUUUCUGUUCCCUUCUCUAUAACCUAGGAUUCUAAGCCUUUGUUGUCAUUUAUUUUGACACCUCUCAACACUAUGCAUGGGAAGACCAAAGGGCUCUGAGAAUUCUGGCAGAGAACAAGGAGAACUCUAAAUGGAUUUUGGCACCAACCUGCUGGUCGCUUGGUUAGAUUGAGACAGUCUGCAUGGUAAACUUUGGGGCAGCCUGGCUUCUUACAGGAGACGAGCUGGCCAGCAUCCCCACAGCUGAAACACUCAUCCUCUCGCUCCUUUGUGAUUUCACCCUGGGUCCUGCGCUUCCCCUGUUGCUUCUUCUUGAAUUUCUUUGACUUUUCCUCUGUGGCAAUGGGUUGAUUCUAGAGGUCAAAUAUUGUCGACACAUUAGUUGUAUGAUCUUGACCAGGUUAACUAUCCUCUCUGAGCUUCAGACUCUCCUCUGGGAAGACACAGUCCUCAUAGACUACUGUGAAGUUAAGAGAAAAUGCAGGAAAAGCACUGGGCAUAUCAUAGGUACCCAAUGAAUGGUAGCAUGAAUUUUAUCUGGUAUCAACUACUCCUACCACUUGAGCGAAUUAAGAGAGAAAUGUGCUGCUUUCUGUUGAUACAUAAGACUGGUAUUAAAGAUCAUCCUUUAACAGUAAGUUUUAUUUUUAUUCUUAUGUUUGUCUAAUUUCAAAAACUAAGGAAGACUUCUCUGGGUGUAUGUGUCACACACAUUUCUUAACUUAUUCAACAAACCUUCACUGAGCACUUAGUAUGAGCCAUGUGCUAGGAAGACACAGAAAACUAAUUUGUGGCCCUUGCUCUUGACAAGCUAUGCAUCUUUACCUAAGUCAGUUUAGGUUCAUGUCCACCACUCCCCAAGAUAGAUCCUGGUGCAGCCCACAGGUCUACUCUGUGCUCCCUGCAGACCACACUUGGUCAUCAAAAUGCAUGGUUUUCAUCACAUUAUUUAUCUCAGCCUAGGAACAUCCAGGACCAAUCCAAUUUAUUGCCAGCCCACAGUGAUCUCCUCCCAUUUCUAAACUUCUGCUCCCGAAUUUCCCUUUCACUGAUUCAUGUGUGAAAUGCUACACAGACCCUAAAGAUAUAGAAACUGACAUCCCUAGUGCACCUAACACCAUUAAACUCUGUUACUAUUUUAAUUUAUAGGGACUAAGUCAACCACACAUCUUAAGGAACAAGACCAUUUAACCAACUAAACAAAAUACAAAAUCCAAUAUAAAUUUUCUUAUUUAAUAAAUAAAAGAAUAAUCACUGGGUGUUCUUCAUUUACUAUAGCUCAAAAUGAUUACCCUCUUUAGCUAGUGGUUUCCAUGCUAAUUUGCAUUUUUCAGUUCUUAAUGUUGACUUCACAAUCAAACAAGCAUAAUGGGAAAUACCCAAUUGGAGUCACGGUGUAGUCUACUUUGCAUCAAAAUUAAAUUUCAAUUUUCAGCAUGCUGUUACUUACGAUAGAGAAAUCUGGAAGCAUCCAGAUGUUCAUCUAUUAUGGUUCAUCCAUUAUAUAAAAAUUUAAACAGUCACUAAAAAUGACGGUUAUGAAAAUUAUGUAACAGCAAGGAAAAAUGUAUAAUAUUUAAGAAUUAUAAACAAUUCUUAACAGUUAUAGAAUUAUAAUUCAGUUAAAGUACACAUAAAAAACCAGGAAGUAAGAUACAACAAAGUUUAUACUGGUACAUGGUUAAGAUUAAGGGUUCUUAAAAAAAAAAAAAGUCCUAUGUUUAUCUACAGUCUUAUAGUACAUUUAGAAUCUUAAAUUCAAUAUCAGAUUCUUUGAUAUCUUUAAAAAGGCAAAAAGAGACACAGAGACUGAGAAUCUUUCUUAGGAAAGGUAAGAUCAACUAAGACCAAUAAAAGACAUGGGAAGUAAUCUACAGGUUCCUAUUUUACAGCUUUAUGUUUAAAAGGUACCUUUGGCCUUACACCCAAAAAGCCACUGCAGUUCGGAGCUCCACAUUUGCAAACAGUCUUUCCAUUCCCAAGACAUUCUAGGUUGUAGUUGAAGGUAAGUUCAGUGCCUGCAUAAAAGACCAUGAAAAUAUUAAUAUCUAUGGCUUUAAUUACAUUAUUUCUCUAUUAAUCACAAAAGGCAGACUUCCAAGAGAACAGAUGAAUUUUUAAAAGAGGAUUAAAAGGAUUAACUCUAAUCACACUGUAUUAUUAACAUACUAAUAAAUCCUAAUCAUAUAACAUUAUUAAUGAGCUAAUAUAACUUAAUAACAGAAAAACUUACAUGACUUAACAAGUAAUUUUUUUUUAAGAUUUUUUUGAUGUGGACCAUUUUUAAAGUCUUUAUUGAAUUUGUUACAAUAUUGCUUCCGUUUUACCUUUUGGUUUCCUGGCUGCGAGGCAUGUGGGAUCUUAGCUCCCCGACCAGGGAUCAAACAUGCACCCCCUGCACUGGAAGGCAAGUCUUAACCACUGGACCUCCAGGGAAGUCCCAACAAGUAAUAUUUAAAAUAACUUUUACUAUAGAUGUGUUAAUCCCAAAUUGUUUUUUAUUUUUUUCUAACCAUUCAGAUUCAAAAUAUAUUAUUUCAUUACCAAAAACAGACAAACAGCAAUUUAUUGUGCACUGAUGUGCCAGGCACUGGGAAAGCAAGUAUGAAGGAAACCUGUCAUCUGUGCCAAGGUGAGUACAUCUUACCAGGCAGCACUUAAGGGAGAGAGACAUGUCAAUACAGAAUAAUACCAGAGAACUCUAGACCACAAGACCUAAGCCCUGGCUAUACAUCCCAGUUACACCACAAUCUAGCUGGCUGAUUUGAGCCGAAGAGUACAUUUAUUAAAUGCAGAUAACAAUCUCACAAGCUUACUGAGAAUGACAUAAUGUACAUAGCAGAAAUUUGUAAACUUUAAUAGGAGAUGUACAAAUUUAAGGUAAAAAAGUCCCCUUUCUGUCACAAGUGCAUUUCAUCAAAACUGAGAGCAAAUAAAUCACACAUUCAAACUCAAAGCAUGUUAGGGAAAGCCUAACAAAUAGAAGAAUUUUAUACAGACAUACAAAGAGGUUAUCUCUGGGUGGGGGUCAUGGCUUACCGUUAAUGUACAAAGUGAUAAUUGUUCAGUCAAAAUUGUCAAAACUUAGGAAGAUUUCCCUUUGCAGAAUGACAAAUCUUCUAUCAGUGAGACUAAUUAAUAUAUACAGUUUUUCAUCUAAUAUUGGAAACAAUUAUUUUUUAAUUUGGUUGAGCAAAUUAUAAAGCAGCUGGCUUAUAUUUAGGAGUUCAUAUGGUACAAAUGCUAGAAUCAUUUGUGGCCUGGUAAGAGGCUCACAUUGUGAGGAGCCUGUAGGAACCAAGACUGACCAAGGUAACAGCAGGGUCACAUCUCCCCUCCCCACUGUGAACUUAUUGUACUGAAUGAUGGGUAAUUCUAUUCACACUAAUCUUAUUAAAAAAUUUAUGAGCAUAUAGCUGAAUUUUCAUAUAUUUAAUGUGCUUACAGUGCAACUCAACCACAAGAUAGCAAGAUACUUGGCAUAACUUGCUGCUCACUCAGCAUCCACUGUGUAAACAAAACCACACAAGGAGAUAAAUCAGAAGGUAUCAUCAGUGUGCAUACAGGAAAGCCAUUCUAGAAAACAGUCCAAAAUACAAUAAUCUGCAAUCUGGGGGAUGGCAAAUGGCACUGGAGAAGAGAUAAACAAGGAGUGAGUAUGACACACUGAAGACAGAAAGUAACAGGUAUGUGAAGAGCCCAUGAGGUUGGAUGUGUAAGGAGGAGAGCAAGCUUAAAGUUCUGAUUCCAUUCGCAAGGCUGAAGCUCCUAUGGGCACUCUGCAUGGCAAUGAGCACAUUCGGUCUCAAUUCCCCCACCCACCCUUGCAGACUGGGAGGACAAAAAUAAGGUCUGUCAAUUCCCACACCAUUCUACCUGAGCUGAAUGAAUAUGGGAGAAGAGAAAUUUGUGGCUAGACAUGGUAGAAGAGGCCAUCCCCAUGGACACAGACUAAAGUUCAAAGUAGAAGUGUGGUACUAAAAGCAGUCAGGACAGAGAUAAGAACUGAAGUCACAUGGCUAACAUUUAAGUAAUUAAUACAGAGGAACACUGCCCCUCCCUCCCCCAGUGUGGUUACAGAGAAAAAUGGAGAAAAGAAUGAGAGAUAUAUCAGAUCCAAGAAUCCAAGUAACAUAGAUAAUGCUACCAAAUACUUUACAGUACUUUUGUAAGGAUUAAAUGAGACAAUAUGCUUGGAACAGUGUCUGGCAUUGGAUAAAUGGUAGCUCUUACACACUCACUUGAUAAUUCCUGUUACAAAGCAGAAAUCUACCCAAUUUACUCUGAAGCCAUCCAUUCCAAAAAUUUGAUACAACUUACUGAUUUUAAAAAUCACUAUCAUUUAGUCCAAUAGAGCACAGUGCACAGUGAUGCUCAAGCAUUGUUACUUUCAUCAUUAAAUACUUUUAUGUGAAGCAAUGCAAAACAGUGGCUCAAUUUUUAAAAUAUGAAAACUGUCAGAGCCUUUAAAAUUCUAAAGAGCCUAAAAGACUCCUGGGCAGCAGUAUAUUUAAAUUAUAGAGAAAUAGAU